UUCCACUUUACCAGUGAAGAGCAUCAAAAAUUAAUUAAAUUAAAUCCAAAAUGAUGAAAUUGAUCGUAUUUGUUUUCGCAGCUAUCGUUUACACCAACGCAAGUCAUGUUCAUCUUGCAGCUCCAGCAGUUGUCACAGCACAAAGUUCACAAGUCAUAGCUAGAAAUUACAAUGGAAUUGUGACGCCAGCAGUCGUUCCAGUUGUACCAAAGGUCUUUACACCAUUUUUACCAACAAGAGUCUAUCCAUCAUAUUAUCCACACGUACAUCAUUUCUCACCAUCACAUUUUCAUUAUCCAUACCUAGGGAGACCUGUGUAUUACUAUUAAGAAUUUACUGUUCAGUAGAUCAUUACUCUUGUUACCUUAAGAAAUCUUACCAAGAACUGAAUUGCAAACGAUUAAAAGAGCAUUAACUUGAAAAUAAAAAAGAAUUUAAUUCAUUAUGAGAAGAAAAUAAACGUG